GAUUCUAGCGCAUCAUGCACAGGGAUGAGGCCACUAAUUAAUAGCGACGACCAUAUGUUGCAGUUUUCUUGGAGCUUUGCUUGGUAGUAAAAUAAGAAAGGAAAGAAUCCCGCGGUGCACAUCGAUUUGCUGAUAAUUAAAUGAGACCAUUAAAGUUGCUGCGAUCUUCGGCUUCCAUUCUGUUUGAAUUCGUGGUUUUUCCAUCUGCUGUAAGGAUGGCUGGAGAUGAGAGAGGCAUGUCUCUUUCGCAGAUCUUUUAAUACGCAUCAUCCUCAUUAUGUGUCAGUAGCGAAACCAUCAAUACUUUUUAUAUGGCCUGAACAAACAAUUGGCGUCUCUCAUCUUCCUUGAGAGAAUGGCCUGUGGAGGUGGGUCUCCAUAGCAGGAACUCAGAAUCUUGGAGGUGAGACAGUUCUCCUUUCUUCAAUAUCGGAUUCUUGUUUCUUCUCCCAUUUUUUUUGUUGAUGCUUUCUCGUAGAGGUGAAAAAUGAGUUGGGUGUGGCAUGAAAUUCAGAGAAACGAGAGUUCUUACUCUGCCCCAUCCUCACAAUUCUUACCUUCCCCUCCCCCUCCUCCUCCUCCGCCUUCUUCUCAUAGUUUGGAUGAUAGGAUUAGUCCCAGCAUCUUGCUGAUUAUAGUGAUUCUGGCUGUGAUAUUCUUCAUCUCUGGUCUUCUUCACCUUCUUGUUAGAUUUCUUAUCAGGCCCUCGCAGAGGGACCCUGAUGAUUUAGACAAUGUCAGUGUCUUACAAGGGCAGCUGCAGCAGCUCUUCCACCUCCAUGACUCGGGAGUGGACCAAUCCUUCAUCGACACUCUCCCCGUCUUCCUCUACAAAAACAUCAUCGGCGUCAAGAAUCCGUUCGAUUGCGCCGUCUGUCUCUGCGAAUUCGAAGCAGACGACAAGCUCAGACUGCUGCCCAAGUGCAGCCAUGCCUUCCACCUCGAUUGUAUCGAUACGUGGUUGCUCUCGCACUCGACCUGCCCACUGUGUAGGGGGAGUCUUCUCCCAGACUUUUCGUCGAACGCUUGUUCGCCCAUCGUUCUGGUUCUCGAAUCCGGGAGCGAAAGCUCCCGGGAAAUCGGUGACGGGGAUCUCCGCAACUCUGCUUCGGCUGCCCAGAUGAAUUCGUCGGCAGAAGAUGGGUUUGUACCGUCUUGUACGGAGAAUUCGCAAAAGUCGGUCGGGAAUCCGGCGAAGGAAGAGACAAAAGUCGUCGCCGUGAAGCUUGGGAAACUGCGAAACGUGGAUGCGGCUGUUGGUGCUGACGGAGACGCAGCCGGCGGCGGUGGUGGUGUGGUUGGUGUUAGCGGGGAAAUUAGUCUGAGAGGAGAGAGCAGCAGCAGCCUAAGAAAUGUGGAUUCAAGGAGGUGUUAUUCAAUGGGUUCCUUCGAAUAUGUUUUAGAUGAAGCAUCUCAUUUACAGGUUCCCGUUGCUUCAAUGAAAAGAAAAAGGCCUAUGAAGAAGCCACCUUUGGCUGUAACACCAGGCCACAGGCCUACCAUCUCCAUGAUUGACAUCAAGAAUUCUCAAUCCAGGAGGGAAGGAUUUAGGAUCCCAGACAGCCAUAGCGCAAGUUCGGCGGUAAUUCAGGAAGGUAAACAGGAGAGCUUUUCGAUUUCGAAAAUCUGGCUACGAACAAGGAAGGAUCGACUGUCUUCCGCAGCGGAUUCAUCGAGGAGAGCCUUCUCCUUUCGGCUGCCUGUGCAUAGAGUAGAAGACACCAAGCUGAAACCGAGCAGCAGCCAAAGGACUGUGGCGUCUGAGAUUGAAGCUGAAGGAUGGUCUAAUCAUGGCGAUUUCAGUUCAAUGCCUAGGAGUGAAUGUGGUGGGGACGAUGGCAGCUGCAGUUUCCACAGCCUGGAUUCUCAGAGCAACCCAACACCUUCAUUUGCCAGAAGGACAAUCAAUUGGAUCGUGGGGAGGCAAAAAAAGGUGAUGCAUUCUGCCCCACUACCUCCUGUUUGAAAUCAACCAUGUCUUCCAUAUUCAAUGAGAAAAAAAAUACCAUGCCCAUCUGAUCUUUGCAGAAGAAAAUUUAAUCAGAAAACCCCAAACACGGAUUUGUCAUUUUUUGUACAAUCCUUUUGUUGGUCAAUAGAGAUUGCUUUGUAAAAAGAGUUUCACUUUUUCUUUCUUUUUUAUGACCUGCUGCUUUUUGAAAUUUAAACUCUCUCUCUCUCUCUCUGGUGCUUA